AUGUCUAAAUAUUCGAAGACCCUCGAACUUCUGGCUCAGAAGCCAAUGCGUCCAAUCCUAGAGGAGUUCCAGACUAAUCGUAGCAAAGAGGAUGGCCUUUCAAGAGGUAAAUACUACAUAAAUUUUGAAGAAGUUGCAACUAAUAGAGCAGCUCUCUUAAACUUUUUCUCUAGCCUGGAAAAGUACGGUUCACACUAUCCUUCCGGAGAAGAAGGGUUACCAUACAUACCGUAUAUAUAUGCCAUGCUUCGUAUUUCUGCAGGAGAAACUAGUCAUUCCAUAUUUAACCAUCUCAUUUGUGCUAUUGAACAAGGCUACGACGAUACUUUCAUCUUACAAACUUCCAUUAAUCUUCUUGGAACCCUAUCAUGCUUCUUAUUUCCACCCCUUCCUUUCCUGAAAAACCCAUCCUCGCCCAAGAAUAGCUUAGAUUCAAUCCUACGCAAUGUUCCAGAGGGAUGUUCACAUCUUCCUGCCACUCCCACGUUUACCUGUAUUUUGAAAUUUUGGGAUAGAUUUUUUGAAGGAAAAGACUGGUCUGAUCAAACAAAGAGGAUUUGGCAGAGCUAUAAAAAUUACAAAAAUGACUCGAACCCUAAAAAUGUCCGCUUCAACUUGGCUGAGCAGGGGAUUGCAGAAUCUCCAUGGCCACCAUCAGAGCACUUUCCGACCCUUAUCAGAAACGAAAACGAUAUUCCGCUGCGUGGAAGAAUCUCUCUUUUAACAGACAUAGAAGGAAGGAAAAUAAAGUUUAUCGAAAUGGCAGCUUAUGUUUCGGAAAUAUUUACUAGACAGCCACUGCGUCGAUUUGUGCAUGGAUUCUGCUUGUUCGAUAAGGAAAUUGAGUUCUGGCUGAUUGAUCGAACGGGUGCUUUCAGCUCGGGACUUAUUAGCAUCGAAGAUGAUGAGCAGGUUUUGGUCCGUGCCAUCUCCUCAUAUUUACUUAUGAGUGACGAAGAGCUGGGUCUCGAUACUACCAUUCACAGAGUCGAUGGACGGUCCAUGAUCACAAUUGCUAAUGGUGAGUCUGGGGAGACCAGAGAGAUAGAAAUCGACCCUAAACCCUUGACCCAUCCACGAAAACUGCUUUCCAAUGGCACCACUUGCUUUCGCUCGCUUGAUGAUAAAUUACUAGUCAAAUAUUCAUGGCGCAAGAUUUGUGGAAAAGGCGAGAUAGACUUACUAAAAGAAGCACUCCCGGUCAAGGGUGUGAUCAACUUAGUGGCAUCAGAUACCAUUCAUAGAUUUACUGAUAAUUGGGGAAAUCUACUUGCUUUGCGUCCUAAAAGAUGGUACAUGGCUAUAGAAAAACAACUACGGGAUGAUUUUGAUGAAGAAGAAUCAUACAAAACUAGGGAGUUUAGCGACUUCGAACUAAAUAGAGUCGUUGUAUCACCAUACGGACGUCGACUUAAAUCUUGUAGAUCAGUACUACAAUUUCUCAUUGUCAUACGAGAUGCAAUCAUGGGGCAUCAGCGUCUUUACAACGAGAAAGAAAUUACCCACGGUGAUAUCUCUCAAGGCAACAUCAUUAUAGUAACGCCAUCAGAGGAGGAUAGAUCGAGAGGGAUGUUGAUCGAUCUUGACAAUUCAAUUUCGUUGUAUGACGAGUUUUUAUCGAAAAAAUUAAAACGUUUCGCAGGCACAAUAAAGUACAUGGCGUUUGGAAUUUUGCUAUGCAACGCAGGAUAUCGAUCAAGCUUGAAUAGAGGUUUCCGAUAUUAUCCCAAUUAUGACCUCGAAUCAUUUUUCUAUGUGUUCCUAACAGGAUGCGUAGAAUAUGGGCGUGAUAGUGAUCAGCCAAUGCAUAAUUUAGAUUCGUGGGACACAGAUGAUAUGGGUGAUAAUGUAGAAAAUAAGAGAAAUGACAUGGAAUGGAAAUUUGAGGACCUAAUCAAAAUCAAAUUCUCAAGCAGUUUCGUUGAUGUCAAGGAAUUGGCCAUUGAGCUACAUAAGAUUUUAUUUGGAAUUUCCGGAGAAAACUUCGGGCAUGCCGUGCAUCAGUAUCUGCUGUACAAUGAGAUAAUUUCGGCGUUCAAUAGGACCAUCGGGCUGAUUGAAGCCGGAAAAAUUCCAAACAGAACGUGGACCGAUAAGAAGACUGCAGGCGCAUGA